AUGGGCAAGAAAACGUCUCGCCCACCCGCUUCGAAAACUUCCUCCGCUGCGUCGCCCGCGACCUCCAGCCUCACACAUAACAGCACUAAGUCGUCGAUACUGAAGGCCUCGUUUGCGCCGUCCGAAUACCAAUUGGCGCUUUUCGCAUCGGUGAUCCAGGGUCUCGAUGCUCAGCACAUCCGCAUCCACGAUACGAACACCGGACGGUUACAGUGUGAGCAUGUCUUGGGCCCCAAGGAGACUGUCACCUCACUAGACUGGGGUUACUACCCCAGCAAGCAGAAGGAUCGCGAUCAGCAGGCAAAGAAGAAGAGGAAGAGGCAUUCCGAUGUCAAUGGUGAUGGACUCGACCAGGGCGAUGUAGUUGUUGCAUUUGGUACAAACGCCUCCGAAAUCCGCAUGUACUCGCCCGUGGAAGACAAGAUUGUCGGAACUCUUGCAGGUGUUCACGAUAAGGGCGUCAGAGACUUCAAGUUCACCUCGAGCCGGCCCGGUCAGGAGGGUUGGAGUAUCGGCGGAGAUAACAAGCUUGUGCAGUGGGACCUGCUCACCGGACAAAGCACAAGGAUGAUUACCUUGCCUUCGGGACUCAGCACACUUGCACGCCCACUUUCCUCGAACCCGCCUGUCAUCUGUGCCUCUCAGACUCCGUACGUCGUUAGCGUGGAGAAGGAUGAAGCCCCAAUCACAUUCGACGCGAUGCGGAAUCCCAUCCAGAACCUCAUCUCUUCUUCCACAGAAUCUGCCGCCACAGGGCUGUUCCUUGCUUCCGAUGGUGACCGCUUCAUCACCAUUUUUGAUGCGCAGAAGCGGAAACUCGCCAUGAACCUUGUGGCCGAGAACGGAGUGUCGUCGCUGUCUUUGUACACUGGUGCGGAAAGGGAGGACAGUCUGCCUUCGGAGAAACAGGUCAUCGCGGCUGUCACGGAGGACGGUACCGUCGAAUUCUUCACCCGGCCAUUUGUACUACCGAACGACCAGACGAAUGCUAAGGGCGCUGCUAGCCUCAAAGCCAGAUCGAAGCAAGCCACCAGGAGAGCUGACGCUCUUCUCAAAGUCACAGUGUCCGCGUCGUCCAACGCCCUUGUUUCCAUGGUGGCCGCCACCUUCCAGGGUCCGGAACUGGUUGUUGCGUGGGCGGAAGGAGGUGUCGUCCCUGUCUUCGAGCGGAUCAAGUGGCUCAACGAAGAAACCGACGAGCUGCUCUUCACUGGUACCAAGACAGUUGUGAAGACCAAUUCCGGCUCGGUGCUGGGGUCGGUGACCGUGAACGGAGCGAGAAGCGCCAACGAGAACCAGGUCGACGAGUCCAAGGCCGUGGUGGAACAAGGCAACAUCAUCGAAGAUGAUAUUGAGAUGCAGGACUCUAAGGACGCUGCUUCUGUGGCUGACAGCGACGAAGAGUCGGACGACGAAGACGAAGAGCCCAAGCAAACGAAGCUGCUGCAAAAGAAGAAGGACGAUGACAGCGAUGUCGAGAUGGGUAACGCACAAGAGUCAGGAUCGGAAGAGGAGGAGGAAGAAGAGACAGGGGAGCCCACUUUCGGGGAGCUGAUGCGCGCUAACGAGGAGGUUGAUGUUGAGGCCGAGCUCGAAGACGACGUCCACAUGGGAUCCCUCGUUCCGGGUAAGCCCAAUACGGCCGUGCAGCAGAUUCCCUCGGGCGUGUCCCUUUCCACUGUUCUCUCUCAAUCCCUUAAGACCAACGACAGCGGCAUGCUCGAGUCGUGCUUCCACACCGGCGAUCUUUCCAUCAUCCGCUCCACCAUCCAACGUCUGGACUCCUCUCUCGCCGCGACCCUCCUCCAAAAGCUCGCUGAGCGCCUCUCGACUCGUCCCGGCCGUUAUGGACACCUUCUCGUGUGGGUGCAAUGGACCUGUGUCGCGCACGGAGGAGCUCUCGCCGGCAAGCCCGAGCUCCUGAAGCGCAUGUCCACCCUGUACAAGGUUAUGGAGCAGCGCUCCUCCAGCCUGUCCUCAUUACUCCUGCUCAAGGGUAAGCUCGAUAUGCUGGAUGCUCAGCUGGGAUUGAGACGGGCGAUCCGCGGCGGAGAGGAGGCCCUGGAGAGCGAGGAUGAGGACAACAUCAUCUACGUUGAAGGGCAGGAGGAGUUCGACGAGGAGGACAGCGAUGCCGAGACGCCCAAGAACCCCGCCACCCCCCGGACCAAGUCGAUACGCGACCAGGCCUUCGAGGAGGAGGAGGAGGAAUCCAUGAUGAACGGUGUCCAGACGGCCGACGAGUCCGAGGAUGAAGAGGAGGAGGAAGACGAAGAAGAAGAGGACGAGAAUGUCCUCGACGUGGAGGCAGAAGAGUCCGCCGGCUCAUCCGACGCCGAGGAGUCACUGGAGGAGGACGAGGACGAGGACGACGAGGAUGCCGAAAGCGUUGGCUCGAUGGUGGAUUUCAUUGCGGACACGGAAGACGAGGAGUCUGAGGACGAGAAGGCGACUUCCAAGCCGCCGCCAUCCAAGAAGGCCCGACUGGCCAGUGGCGGCGGUGGUGGUCGAGGAAAGGGGAAGAACAAGGGCAGAAAAUAG